GGAGGAGGAAGAGGAGGAGGAGGAGGAGGAGGAAGCAGCCAUGCCAAAUGAGACCAGAAUCUUGGCUCUUCGAGGUUAGUGGAAAGAUCUAGACCUUUAAGUCAGUCCAGCCCGCAUCUCAGAAGGCCCAGUUAAGAACAUCUGGCGAGGCCAUUUAAAAAAAAAAGAGCCAGCCUUAAAAGCACAGGAUCACACUUUUAUGUUCCCCUCCUGGUUAUAAAAGCUACACUCGCUGGUUCCAGAAUGUUUGGAAAAUGUAGCAAGCUCAGAAGAAAAUGAAAAGGCUGCCUCAUGAGGCCCCUGCCCGUCAAUGCCCUCAGGGUAACUUUGCUUAAUGCCCACUUGGGUUUUGUCUGGACCUACUCACAGUCUGUGGAUUAUACUGUACGGAAAAUUUUCUUUAAAAACACUAUAAUAGAAGCUCAGUUUUAGAGGCGUGGGGUGGGGAGGGGAAGUUGGCUAGGAGUGAGCCUCUGUGUGGGGGUGAUGGAACUGGGUAAUGUUUGCAAGGACGGAUAUCUGACUAUAUACCUUGCCUUUGCAGAGUUUGCUCGAUAAAAUUAACAUUCAGGACACCAAUAGAACAGGCUCACUGCAAAGCUGCUAAGAUACUUGGGUCUAGCCCUAGUGCAGUGGUGCACACCAGCCAUCCCAGUGCUCAGGAGGCAGAGGUAGGAAGUGGAGGUCAGCCUGGGCUACACAUUGAGUUCAAGGUUGACCUUAAUUUCUGGUAAGAACUUUUGAAAGCUGGUAGUUUUCAAAAAGAAAUCGAGGACUCCAUUUCCUAAGUCCAUCUCUGGCUUGGGUACUGAGCUCUUUCUCCAGCCUCGGUUGCAAAGGGGGGUCCUGUCGCCAUCCUUCUCAGCAUCCAUUCAUGCCUGGCUCCUGCAGGAGCAACUGACUGCUGGGCUGGGCUGCCCUCACUGGGAAGGAAUGGAAACAAGGUUAUCAAGUUUCACAGCAAUCAUUUAGAGUCUGGCAGCAGCGCUUAGACUCCUGUGAUCCCAGGCGGGGCUGCCCACUUCAUUUCUGAUGGCGAGGGGCCAUCAUUCCUCCCUCCAGCCUCUGGGGCCUUUCACCAUGUUCUUCUUGAAUUCUUGGACAAUUCUGAGACCCAGGAGACCCUGACUGAUAGAUAGUGAGCCUCCGAGAGUGUAGCCUGUCUGCCUGUCCCCAGUUCCCACUCUCCAGCCACCUCUGAAGGUGACUAAAGCAUGCGGCCGAUGCAGGCAGCCUGUGUAAGCCAAGGUCAGCUCACCUUGCUUUUCCUCUUGUGGUUUCUUUAGGCCACUAGAAUCCCGGGCAGAACAUCCCGAAAGGAGCGGACCCCCAGACGGAGUAGGCAGCCAGAGGCAGGGAGAGAAGGCCAGUUGUGUUCACCUCCAUGGGUUUGGGUUGGAUCUGCACUGUCUUUCUCAUUUCCACUAAGACCCUGGGCAAGGCUGGAUAUCUGACUAUAAAAUGGGAUGCCCCAGGUUAGCGGUGGCAUCAUUGUUUGUGACACCAAGCAAGCGACUGUGUACAGCUGGUACACAGCAAGUGUCUGGAGAUUUAUUCUCUCUCUCUCUCUCUCUCUCUCUCUCUCUCUCUCUCUCUCUCCCUUCCCUUCCCCUCCCUUCCCCUCCCUUUCCUUUUGAGAUAGGGACACAAUUAUAUACCUUUCUACACAGCGGGUAGAAGUGAAAAAUAAAGAAACAAAUAAAAAUAACUUUUAACAGAACAAAUGCAGAAGGUCAUGGGUAAUUAUAGUUCUAAAAAUGAAGCAGACAGCCAGACUGGAGAUAAGGUCCAGAGAGGGCAGGUCCCUAAUCAGGGUCACCAAAGGAGGUAGAAGCCAGGUGUGCCAGUGCCCCAGCAUAGAGUGGGGCCCAUGGCAUCAUGAAGGGAUGCAGGCCCAGGGACUUACUGGGUUUAUGUCCUUGAAUGACACUUGAGAUCUCUUUCUCUCUCUGUCCCCAGGUUGGUGGAUGGCUUAGUCACUUUUCUGUUGCUGUAAAGGCACCAUGACAAAAGCAACUCAUAGAAGAGUUUGUCUGGGACUCACAGUUCCAAAGGACUAGAAUCCACAGCCAUCAUGGCAGGUAGCGAGGCAGGAGGCAGGCUUGGUGCUGAGGACCCUUCAGCCCUUGACAUGGCCAUCCAGCAUGCACUGGCAGGGCUCUACCCGCCUUUUGAAGCCACUGCCCCCACUGUCCUGGGUCAAGUGUUCCGACUCCUGGACUCUGACUUCCGGGGAGAUGGGCUGAGCUUCCUCUUGGAUUUCCUCAUCCCUGCCAAGCGUCUGUGUGAGCAAGUGCGGGAAGCAGCCUGCGCCCUCUAUACGCACUGCCUCUUCCUGCAUGAGGGCUGGCCGUUGUGUCUGCGGGAUGAGGUCGUGGUACACCUGGCACCACUCAACCCGCUCCUGCUACGUCAGGGUGAUUUCUACCUUCAAGUAGAGCCCUGGGAGGAGCAGUCUGUCCACAUGACGCUCAAGUGUCUCUCCUCAGACCUCCGUGAGGUAGACAAGAAGCCUAUUCCUGAGUCCUUCUACUCUCUGAUUUUCACCCCAGAAUGGUUGGAGGCCAUCAACAAUGACUUUGAGGGACGCCCCUUACACAACUGUCUCGUGGCUUCAGAAAAUGGCAUCACACCUGUGCCUUGGACCAGGAUUACCAGUCCAGAGUUUGUAGAUGACAAACCCCCAAUAGUGAAGGUCCCUUCCUCAGACGGGGACUCCUGUCCACUAGAAGGCCUCCAUCUGAGCAGCCCCCAGGAGCCAUACCAGGCUAGUGACUUUGGCAGCAAGGGGUCUGUGACCCAGAGCUGGGAUAAGGAUAAAGGGAAGUUGUCUGGGGACAAGUAUCCAGGGCUCAUCAAGGUGGAGCCAGCAAGGUCAGGACAGAUGGCCUUCAAGAUAGACAGUGAGGCCAGCCAGGGCCUGGAGGGGGACUAUGUGGCUCUCCUGGGCUUUCCCCAAGAGUUUAGAGGGCCAUCUCCAGACAGCAAGGUAGUGACAAGAUCCAGAACUAAGGGGACACCUUUGCUUGGAAGGGUCCCACCUCUCUCAGGGCCCCCUGAGGCACUUCCCUUGGGAAGAUGGCCAAGUGCAAAGCCAGCAGGCUCAGGGGAGAAGCUCUGUAGUGGGGGCUCAAGGAAAAAGGCCAGACAUAAAGCAUUUGGCAACUCUGCAGUUCAACAGCCCCAGCAGCCCCAUGCUAGCGUCCCGGAGAAGCUGCUGGCCUGUACUUCUGGCCUGGUGGAAGACAUUGAAGAAGAACCAGCAGCCUCCAAGAUGCAAAGGCCUUUGGGAAUGCCAGAAGCCAUGGUUCAGCUCAGGCCUGGGCCAAGACAAGCAUUCUCUCCCCUCCUGUCUUCAGCUGGCCCUGUAGCCCCAGCGUCUGAGACAAACACAGAGGAGACCACACCAGGACAUGGCGGAGCUUCCAAGCCUGAGGACUGCCUCAGUAAGAACAUCUCAGGCCACGGGUCCCCAGCUCCUGGGCUCCAGUUCUCCUACUUGAAAGAACAGCGGGCACCUCUUGGGAACCCCGAGAAGGGCCAGCUCACCAAGCCUUGGAAGGCCCUGUGCCCCCUCAACUCUCUGCAGCCUUGCGGAGCCAAGGCCCCAGGAAAAGAUGGAACAACUCUCCCCACAACAUCUGGCUCAGGCACACUGUCUGGGGAGCCGCCUGGCUUCCGGAGAGAUUCUGCAGGUCUCCCAGGAGGAGGACUUCGCCUGGAGGAGUGUUCUAGGCCCAAGCCCAGGAUUGUGACUCUGGGAGUCAAGCUUCUCCACUCCAGGAUAGCCUGCCUGCCAGGAGGAAGGGACAAGGUGGGGCGGCCACUGCUUCUGGUGUCCACUGCGGAGGAAGCCUGGGAGGCACCAUGGUGUACUGCCUCGGAGGUCGCAGAGUUGCUCUCCUACUUAUGCAGUGUUCCCAGAUUGGAAGAUAAAGCCAAGGGGCUGCUGGUGGUGAUUGAUGCCAGGAAAGGGCCCCCGAGACCUGGUCUGGUCAUCGCCCUGCAGAGCAUACAGGCUCUGCCUCCGGCCUCCAUCAGUAAAGUGCUCCUCCUGGGGGAGAAGGCGUCCAUUCUCCAGUUACCUGUACGCUCUGUCCAGGUGGAGGUACUGACCUCACUGAAGGCUCUCAGAAACCACGUGGACCCUAACCAGCUGCCGGAGGCUCUGGAGGGCCCCUUUCCCUACCACCACAGCGAAUGGGUGCAGUUCUUCCAGAAGCUGGACCCGUUCCUCACUGACCUUCACCAGGCCUCAGCCCUGCUUCAGGCUUCCAUCCAAGAGUUUGAGAAGGGUGAACCCCCUGGUGGGGUGGAGGAGGCUACCAGGUGUCUGAGCAAGUCCAAGGAACUGAUGGAAUCUGUGCUGAGGGACCCGGGCCUGCUGGCCCUCCAGAGGGAAGGUGGAACUACCCUGGCCAGCUUGCAGCAGGAGGCCAGCGGGCUAAAUGCUAACCCUGAUGUCAGGGACCAUCUGAUGGAGGCUGCUGCCCUGUACAACCUUGUGGACGAUCAGCUUCAUGUCUUGGUCACUGCGUCCAAUCAGCUCCUCCGAAGGCUGGAACUCCGUGUCCGCCUGGGCCACCUGGAAACUGCCAUCCACCAGGUCAGUGACUGGAUGCGGGGAGAAGGCAGCCGGUGUCUGCAGGCGCUUGCUCCUGUUAAUGUAUGUGCAGGGACAGUGGAGAAAGUCCAUGCCGACUUUGAGGAUUUCUUCCUGCAGGUUGCGGCCCAGUAUCGCCAGGGCCUGGAACUGUCCAAGCAGGUGGCCCAGCUGGGCACUGCGGAGGAAGGGGCAGGAGAGACAGAGCUCCCAGACCUGGUAGCCUUCGCCUCCACCCAGCAGGCCUUCCAAGCCAGGCUGACACACUUCUACAUGGCAGCCGAGAGGCAGCGCACUGACCUGGAGACCCUGCUCCAUCUCCACCGCUUCAGAAGGAAGAUGUCCCGGUUCCACACGGACUGCAAGGACCUGCUAACCCAGCUCAGUCUGGGCAAGGCUGUGAAGGCCAGCCCUGGGGACCAGAUCCACCUCCGCCUCCACUGCUACCUGAAGCGUCUGGCUUCCGAGUUCCAGACGGAGAAACUCCUGGCCAUGAAGCUGCAGGUGGCUUCCCUGAGCCAGCCGGGCCUGGGCCAGGAGUUGUGGGAAGAGGCCUGGGAGCGACACCAGAAGAUCCAGAACUUGCUGAGGAAGGCGCUAGCCUACUGCCCGUGCCCAGAGGUCCCUGCUGCCUACUCGGCGCACAUCGAUCAAAGCAGGCCAGCAGCUAAGGGUCAGGGUCUGCCUAGAGAAGUGGGUUCCAAAUGGGACAGGUCUCUACAGGACAUUCUUGCUGUGGAUCGAGUGUUAAAAUCCCAGCGGUCUCCCCGGGCCCCUCAAGGGGAGCAGAACAGAAACAUGUGGGCAGGUCUGCUAUCCCCAGAACCUGGCCAGUCUGUGGACCCUGAGGAAGGCAGAGGUGCCCCCAAGCUCCCUGAUCCCACCCUGGAACGGCUCCUUGCCUCCCUCUUCUCCUGGCCACACCUUCCCAAGCAGAGAAAGGCCUCCCGUCUGACUGGGGGCAGCUUUUCCUCGGAAGGAACAGACUCACAGACAUCCCUGGAGGACUCGCCCCACACAAGCCCUCCUGCGUCCCUCUAACUGGAUCUGAACCACCACGUCAGCUCCCAGGGCUGUGAUAGGAUCCACAGAGCCCAUGCCACCCCAUCAAAUAUGGCCGUAGAACAAUAUUAGGACCAUCUUCCAGCUCCCGAAAACGCCAAGACGAUGGGUGAUUAGCCACACAGAAUAGGGCUUGUGGGAGUUAGAAUCCAGACUCAAUAAAAGGACAUUUUUAUUGAG